CCUUUUCUUGUAACAGUUACCUCUCCGAUCACCCACCGGAGCCCCACCGUCGAUGGACACCAUCUCCGGUCUCAUCAACUUACAGAAUCAGUCAUCCCUCCCAACAUCACCACCUACACCUCCUCCUUCAACAUCAAAACAACCACCACACAUCACAACCACCACUCUCACCGCCGAUAUACCAUUCUCCACCUCCAUCAACCAACUCCACACCUUCUCCACCGCCUUAUCAGCAUUCCUCAACCACUACGACGACUUGCAGACUCAUAUCAAUUUCAUUAACUCAUCAAUCGACUCCAAAUUGCCACCUCAUCUCGUCGAAACGGUUAGCCCUAAUUUAUUAGAAAGUUAUAGUGAUCAAACGAUAACCGCUUCACCAGAAGUCGUUGCGUUAGAACGAAACCCUAAGGAUUGUGAUAGCACCGAUUUUUCGCAUAAUUAUGGAGAAACUGAUGCUUCGAAUAAGCUUGAAGUUGUUGAUGUAUCGAAGAAUGUUGAAGAGAUUGAUGUAUUGAAGAAACAUGUGGAAACUGAUGCUUUGAAGAAGCCUGUUGCAGAAACUUUUGUUGAUCAAGCGAUAGAUGAUGUUAUAGAAGCUAUUGUUUCAGAACAAAACCCUAAGGAAAGUGAAAGUGAUUGCCAACGGAAUCAUGAGUCUGCAACUGCCGAUUUUUUGCCCAAUUUUGAAGAAUUUGAUGCUUCGAAGAUGCUUGAAGUUGUUGAUGUGUCGAAGAAUGUUGAAGAGAUUGAUGUAUUGAAGAAACAUGCGGAAACUGAUGCUUUGAAGAAGCCUGUUGCAGAAACUUUUGUUGAUCAAGCGAUAAAUGAUGUUCUAGAAGCUAUUGUUUCAGAGCAAAACCCUAAGGAAAGUGAAAGUGAAAGUGAUUGCCAACGGAAUCAUGAGUCUGCAACUGCCGAUUUUUCGCCCAAUUUUGAAGAAUUUGAUGCUUCGAAGAAGCUUAAAGUUGUUGUUGUUGAUGUGUCAAAGAAUUGUGGAGAAAUGGAUGCGUCCGAGAAUUUUGUAGAAAUUGAUAGUUCGAAGAAGUGUGAAGAAAUUGAUGUAUUGAAGAAACAUGUAGAAACUUUUGGUGAUCAAAGUAUAACUGCUGUUCCUGAAGCUGUUGUUUUAGAACAAAAGCCUAACGGAACGGCUACGAGUGGCGAACGGAGCAAUGAAAUCAAUGUGAGGACACCUGAAGGCCUUGAAGAAACUUAUAUCGGUAAGGAUCCUCAAGGAAUUGAUGUACUGCAGAAGCCUGAAGAAAAUAAUUGCAAUUCGAAGAAGCAAAGAAAGCGAAGAAAAACUGGUAAACAUAAGAAGGAUAAGGAUCAGGAAACUGCUUUAAACAAGUUUGCGGGGAAAUUGCAAUUCUUGUGUGAAAACAUGAUUACUAGGGAAAUGAGGUGGCAUGUAGCAAAACAUUUAUCUGAAACGUUUAAUCUUCGCGAGGAAAUUAUUAAGGCGUUGAAGCUGGCUAAAGAUCCUGCAAAACUCGUUCUAAACUGCACUGGCAAUUUUUUUGGACAGGAAACUGCAGGAAGGCUGGCUUCAGUCUUGGUGUUGGAGUGUUUUGUGAUGAUCAGUAAUGAUGAUGGCAUUGAGAUCGAGAAAAGAGAACGCGAACGUGCAUUAAAUAAUGCUGUAAUUUGGAGAAACCGGAUGAUCAACGAAGGUGGUUUUGGAAAAACGGACGAGGUUGAUGCCAGGGGUUUGCUUCUGCUUAUCAGUGGAUUUGGGAUUCAAGAUGAUGUUUUCAAGAUUCAAGAUAUUGUGGAUUUGAUUCGGGCUAGUAAUGUGAAGGGAAUAUCAACCGCACUUCGUCGUUCAGCUUUUCUUAUGCCAAAAAUUCCAGAUGUAAUUUCAUUGAUGGUGAAGAAUAAUCUAGAAAUUGAAGCUGUUGAUAUUGCCUAUACGUUCGGGUUGGAGGAUACGUGUAACUCUCAGAACAUAUUGACGACAUAUUUGCACAAUAAAAUUAAAGAUAUUCAGAACGAUUCGCCUUUCCAAACGUUGGAGACAAUGAAGCAGCAGUUUAUUGAUCUGAAAUCGGUAAAACAAUGUUUAGAAUCUCACAGUGUUAAUCCUUCGACGCUUCUUCCCGACUACAAAAUCAAUGAAAAAAUACAAAAUCUCGAGAAGAAACAUGUAGAAACUUUUGGUGAUCAAAGUAUAACUGCUGUUCCAGAAGCUGUUGCUUUAGAACAAAAGCCUAACGGAACGGCUACGAGUGACGAACGGAGCAAUGAACUCAAUGUUAGGGCACCUGAAGGCCUUGAAGAAACUUAUAUCGGUAAGCAUCCUCAAGGAAUUGAUGUACUGCAGAAGCCUGAAGAAAAUUAUUCUUCAAGGAGUCCAGAAGAAACCUACACUUCGAAGAAGCAAAGAAAGCGAAGAAAAACUGGUAAACGUAAGAAGGAUAAGGAUAAGGAUAAGGAAACGGCUUCAAAUAAGCUUGAAGUUGUUGAUGUAUCGAAGAAUGUUGAAGAGAUUGAUGUAUUGAAGAAACAUGCGGAAACUGAUGCUUUGAAGAAGCCUGUUGCAGAAACUUUUGUUGAUCAAGCGAUAAAUGAUGUUUUAGAAGCUAUUGUUUCAGAGCAAAACCCUAAGGAAAGUGAAAGUGAUUGCCAACGGAAUCAUGAGUCUGCAACUGCCGAUUUUUCGCCCAGUUUUGAAGAAUUUGAUGCUUCGAAGAAGCUUGAAGUUGUUGUUGAUGUGUCAAAGAAUUGUGGAGAAAUGGGUGCGUCUGAGAAUUUUGUAGGAAUUGAUAGUUCGAAAAAGUGUGAAGAAAUUGAUGUAUUGAAGAAACAUGUAGAAACUUUUGGUGAUCAAAGUAUAACUGCUUUUCCAGAAGCUGUUGUUUUAGAACAAAAGCCUAACGGAACGGCUACGAGUGGCGAACAGAGCAAUGAAAUCAAUGUGAGGUCACCUGAAGACCUUGAAGUAACUUAUAUCGGUAAGGAUCCUCAAGGAAUUGAUGUACUACAGAAGCCUGAAGAACAUUAUUCUUCAAGGAGUCCAGAAGAAACCUACACUUCGAAGAAGCGAAGAAAAAUUCGUAAACGUAAGAAGGAUAAGGAUAAGGAAACGGCUACGAGUGGCGAACGGAGCAAUGAAAUCAAUGUGAGGAUACCUGAAGGCCUUGAAGAAACUUAUAUCGGUAAGGAUCCUCAAGGAAUUGAUGUACUGCAGAAGCCUGAAGAAAAUUAUUCUUCAAGGAGUCCAGAAGAAACCUACACUUCGAAGAAGCAAAGAAAGCGAAGAAAAACUGGUAAACGUAAGAAGGAUAAGGAUAAGGAAACGGCUUUAAACAAGUUUGUGGGGAAAUUGCAAUUCUUGUGUAAAAACAUGAUUACUAAGGGACUGAGGUGGCAUGUAGCAAAACAUUUAUCUGAAAUGUUAAAUCUUCGCGAGGAAAUUAUUAAGGCGUUGAAGCUGGCUAAAGAUCCUGCAAAACUCGUUCUAAACUGCACUGGCAAUUUUUUUGGACAGGACAGUAGAUCAUUCUGCAAAGAUUUGGGGAAUAAGGAAACUGCAGGAAGGCUGGCUUCAGUCUUGAUGUUGGAGUGUUUUGUGAUGAUCAGUAAUGAUGAUGGCAUUGAGAUCGAGAAAAGAGAACGCGAACAUGCAUUAAAUAAUGCUGUAAUUUGGAGAAAACGGAUGAUCAGAGAAGGUGGAUUUGGACACACGGACGAGGUUGAUGCCAGGGGUUUGCUUCUGCUUAUCAGUGGAUUUGGGAUUCAAGACGAUGUUUUCAAGAUUCAAGAUAUUGUGGAUUUGAUUCGGGCUAGUAAUGUGAAGGGAAUAUCCACCGCACUUCGUCGUUCAGCUUUUCUUAUGCCAAAAGUUCCAGAGGUAAUUUCUUUGAUGGUGAAGAAUAAUCUGGAAAUUGAAGCUGUUGAUAUGGCCUAUACAUUCGGGUUGGAGGAUACGUCUAACUCUCGGAACAUAUUGACGACAUAUUUGCACCAUAAAAUUAAAGAUAUUCAGAACGAUUCGCCUUUUCAAAAGUUGGAGGCAAUGAAGCAGCAGUUAAUUGAUCUGAAAUCGGUAAAACAAUGUUUAGAAUCUCACAGUGUUAAUCCUUCGACGCUUCUUCCCGACUUCAAAAUCAAUGAAAAAAUACAAAAUCUCGGGAAAGAAGUAAACGAAUCGAAAUUAAUCCAAAAAAGGGAGUCCUUAGAAAACUCAAUUCAUCAGGAAGCAAAGCGUGCUUGUUUUGGUCAUGAAAACAUGCCACAUCAGCAUGAAUCUGCAACGACGCCUGAUAGCACCGACUUUUUGCACAAUUAUGAAGAAAUUGAUACUUCGAAGAACCUUGUUGAUGUGUCGAAGAAUUCUGAAGAAAUCGAUGUGUCUGAGAAUCCUGUAGAAAUUGAUACUUCAAAUACGCUUGAGGAAUUUGAUGCUUUGAAGAGGCAUGAAGAAAUCGAUACAUUGAUGAAACAUGCAGAAACUAAUCCUUUGAAGAAGCAGGAAGAAACUGUUCCAGAAGCUAUUGUUUCAGAACAGCACCCUAACGGAAUGGCUACUAAUGGCGAACAGAGUCAUGAAAUUGUUACGGAAACUGAAAGCUUAGAAGAAAUUAAUGUAUCGAAUAAGCCUAAGCCUGAAGAACUUGAUACUCGGAUGAUUCCAGAAGAAACUGUUUUAGAAACUUCUGUGGUUUCUGUGUUACGAUCCUUUUGUGAAAGCAUGUGUCCUAGGCAACUGAGGCGGCAUGUAGCAACACAUUUUUCUGAAAUGGUUUAUCUUCGUGAGGAAAUUGCAAAAGCGUUGAAGCUAGCGAAUGAUCCUGCAGAACUUGUUAUAAGCAGCAUUGGCAAAUUCUUUGUCAGCCACACUAGAUCAUUCCACGAUGACUUUCAAAAUUUAUCAAGAAUGGCUGCGGUUUUGAUCUUGGAGUGUUUUGUGAUGAUAAGCAGUGAUGAUGGCAUUAAGAUCGUGAAAAGAGACCGCGAAUGUGCAGCAAAAGAUGCUUCAAUUUGGAAAAAACGGAUGAUCGAAGACGGUGGUUUUGGAAAAACGGACGAGGUUGAUGCCAGGGGUUUGCUUUUGUUUAUCAGUGGAUUUGGGAUUCAAGAUCAUGUUUUCAAGCCUCAGGAUAUUAUGGAUUUGAUUCGAGCUAGUAAUUGGAAGGGAAUAUCAACCGCACUUCGUCGUUCAGUUUUUCUUAUGCCAAAAAUUCCAGAGGUAAUUUCUUUGAUGGUGAAGAAUAAUUUAGAAAUUGAAGCUGUUGAUAUGGCCUAUACAUUUGGGUUGGAGGAUACGUGUAACUCUCAGAACAUAUUGACGACAUAUUUGCACAAUAAAAUUAAAGAUAUUCAGAAUGAUUCACCUUUUCAAAAGUUGGAGGCAUUGAAGUCGGUAAAACAAUGUUUGGAAUCUCACAAUAUUGAUCCUUCGACCCUUCUUCCCGACUUCAAAGUCAAUGAAGAAAUACAAAAUCUCGAGAAAGAAGUAAACGAAUCGAAAUUAAUCCAAAAAAGGAAGUCUUUAGAUAACUCAAUUCAUCAGGAAGCAAAGCGUGCUUGUAUUGGUCAUGAAAGCAAAGCGGCUAAAGAAUUUGAUGUAUCGAAGAAUCCUGAAGAACAAAACCCUAACGGAGUGGCUUCUAAUGGCGAACAAAGCCAUGGAAAUGUUACAGCUUCUGAAACCCUAGAAGAAAGUAAUAUAUCGAAUAAGCCUGAAGAAAUCGAUAAUUUGAUGAAGCCUGAACAGACUGAAGAAACUGUUGUAUUGAAGAAGCCUGAAGAACUUGGUACUUCAAUGAUUCCAGAAGAAAUCGAUACUUCAAAGAAUCGAGAAGAAACUGAUAUUUGGAAGAAGCCUGAAGAAACUGUUCCAGAAACUUCUUGUGCGGUUCCAGAAGCCAUUGUUUCAGAACAAAACCCUAAUAGAACGGAAACUGAAGCUUCAAAGAAGUCUGUAAUUUCUGUGUUACAAUUACAAGCCUUUUGUCAAAGCAUGAAUUCUACGCAACUGAAGCAGCAUGUAGCAGCUCAUAUUUCUGAAAUGAUUAAUCUUCGCGAGGAAAUUGUAAAAGCGUUGAAGCUAGCGGAAGAUCCUGCGAAACUCGUUUUAGGCUGCAUUAUCAGGCGCGGGUUUCGUGCCAACCGCAGGUUUCCUGUCAGCCGCACAGUCGUCCACGAUAACAAGCAAAGGUUAUCAAGAAUGGCUGCAGUUUUGAUUUUGGAGUGUUUUGUGAUGAUCAGCAGCGAUGGCAUUGAGAUCGAGAAGAGUGACCAGGAAUGUGCGGCAAAAGCUGCUGUUGAUUGGAAAAUACGGAUGCUCAAAGAAGGUGGUUUUGGAAAAACGGACGAGGUUGAUGCUAGGGGUUUGCUUUUGUUUAUCAGUGGAUUCGGGAUUCAAGAUCAUGUUUUCAACCCUCCGGAUAUUAUGGAUUUGAUGCGAGCUAGUAAUUGGAAGGGAAUUUCCACUGCGCUUUGUCGUUCGGCUUUUCUGAUCCCCAAAAUGCCAUGGGUAAUUUUUUUGAUGUUGAAGAAUAAUCUGGAAGUUGAAGCCGUCGAUAUUGCCUAUACUUUUGGGUUGGAGGAUAUGUGUCACCCCAAGAACAUAUUGACGGAAUAUUUGAACAAUAAAAUUAAAGAUUUUCAGAACAGUCCGCCGUUUCAAACGAAGGAGGCAGUGGAGCAGCACUUAUCUGAUCUGAAAUCGGUAAAACAAUGUUUGGAAUCUCACAACGUUGAUCCUUCGACGCUUCUUCCCGACCAUAAAAUUAAUAAAAAGAUACAAAAUCUUGAGAAAGAAGUAAAAAAAUGGAAAUUAAUCCAGCCCUUAGAAAAUCCGCUUCAGCAGGAAAACAUGUCGAAAAAUCCUGAAGAAAUCCAUACAUGUGAAGAAAUUGAUCCAUCAAAGAAACAUUCAGAAACUGAUACUUCGGAGAAGCCUGAAGAAACUGUUCCGGAAACUUCCUAUGAUGAAACCAUAACAACCGUUCCAGAAGCCAUUGUUUCCGAACAAAACCCUAAUAGAACGAAUAGUAAUCGCAAACGGAGCGAUGAAAACGUGAGGACACCUGAAAGCCUUGAUGAAACCGAUAUCUGUAAGAAUACAGAAGUAACUGUCAUAUUAAAGAACCCUGAAGAAGAAUCUGAUACUCCGAUGAUUCCGGAAGAAACUGAUACUUCGAAGAAGCCUGAGGAAACUGUUCCGGAAACUUCUUCUGAUCAAACCGAACCUGCGGUUCCAAAAGCGAUUGUUACAGAACAAAACCCUAACAGAGUAGAAACCGAAGCUUCAAAGAAGUCUGCGAUUUCUGAAUUAGAAUCGUUGUGUGAAAGCAUGAGUUCUAAGGAACUGAAAUGGCACGUAGCUGCAAAUCUUUCCGAAAUGAUUAAUUUUCGAAAGGAAUUAGCAAAGGCACUUAAGCUCGCCAAAGAUCCCGCAAAUCUAGUUAUAAACAGCAUUGGCGCGUUUUUUGUACAGGACCGUAGAAUGUUCUUGCAGAAGAAGCAAGAUCUAGGAAGGAAGGCUGCGGUUUUAAUUUUGGAGUGGUUUGUGAUGAUCAGCGGUGAUGUCAUCGAGAUUGCGAAAAGUGACGUGGAAUACGCAGCACAAGCGGCUGUUAAUUGGAGAAAACGGAUGAUGAGAGAAGGUGGACCGAGACAAGCGGAUGAGGUUGAUGCCAGAGGUUUGCUUCUGCUUAUAAGUGGAUUCGGGAUUCAAGAUCAUAUUUUUGAGAUUCGGGAUAUCGUGGAUUUGAUUAGAGCUAGUAAUGUGAAGGAAAUUUCGGCUGCGCUUCGUCGUUCGGUUUUUCUUGUCCCGAAAAUUCCAGAGGUAAUUGAUUUUAUGGUGAAGAAUAAUCUGGAAAUUGAAGCUGCUGAUAUAGCCUAUACUUUCGGGUUGGAGGAUAAGUGUCACCCUCUGAGCAUUUUAGCGACAUUUUUGCGCAGUCGCAUUAAAAAUAUUCAAAACGGUUCUUUUUUUCACAUGUUGGAGGAAACGAAGCAGCAGUUACUUGAUCUGAAAUCUGUAAAACAAUGUCUGGAAUCUCACAACAUUGAUCCUUCAACACAUCUUCCCGACUUCAAAAUCAAUGAAAAAAUACAAAAUCUCGAGAAAGAAUUAAACGAAGAAAAACCAAUCCAAAAGAGGAAGUCUUUAGAUGGCCCGAUUCAUCAGGAAGCAAAACGUGCUUGUUUUGGCCACGAAAGCAUGCCACCCCACCAAAGUCCCAUUGACCAUUAUGGCAUGAACCGGUAUCACCAGUCAACACAGCUCAGCACCGGUUACCGAGACCUCCAUAAUAGUUACAUCAGUAACUAUUCCCCUUCAUCUGUAUAUGUAUAUAAUAAUACACCUGCAAUGCGUGAAACUAUAACCAGCCCAGUGCCCAAUGGUCCAGCCGGUGGUUUCACUGGUUCAUAUAACCAUAUGCACCAUUCGGCUAAUGUUCAACCUUAUGGUUGGCAUGGGCCAUCUGUUCAGCAUUAUCCAAGACAUGUUCAAACAUAUGAUUCACAACCUUAUGGUAGAGAUAGACCACAGGGAUGGGUCCCACCAGAACCGCUUCCACCAUCUAACCCAUCGCGUGGCUUUCCGAGAAGGCGGGGCCCAUCCUCGGAUCUCUACAGUUUUGCUGAUAAAGUUGAAAAGGAAUGCAUGAGGUAGUAGUGUAAGUGAUGCAUAAUGUUUAGUCUUACUUUACCUGAACUAGGGUCAACUUAAUGUCUGUAGGUCGUUGUGCUUUGAUACAACAGUUAUUGUAACUCCUCUCUUUGAUACAACAAUUUUUGUAACUCUUCUCUUUGAUACAACAGUUUUUGCAACUCUUCUCAAAAGUAGUGACGGUUUUUUACAAAA